CCGACACCACAGCAGUUGGAGAGGCCGCCGUAUCCGCCGGUCCUCUCGCCACGGUCCCUGAAACAACUAGGCCUCUAUUUUGGCGGCACCGGCUUCCUGGUCUUCUCCAUCAUCGUCACGCGACGCGCAGUCAGGAGAUACCAACUAGCCUCCCAACUCAAGUUCUUCCAGCCAAACAACGGCAAUGGCCGCACCCAUAACGGCCCUCCCGAGAAAGACCCCCUUAUGGCUCUGCAGGCGCUGAGCCUGGCCACCCUCAACACCGCCAGCUUCGCCAUCAUGAUGGCCGGCGGCAUCUCCUGGGCCUUUGACAUAUCGUCCAUUGACGAUCUCAAGCGGCUUACGCGCCGCUCAAUCCACGCCCAUGCCGGCCAGGCUGAUCAGGCUGCCGAGGACGAGGUUGCGCAGUGGGUGGCCAAGACGCUCGGCAUCAAGGAGAAGCCGCCAUCAUCAGACCACGACAACUCCAAG